GUUAUUGCCCGCUUGUCAGUUGUCUCAUAUACACAUAUUUACGUUGUUAAAAAUUACAUUAAAUAUAUCACUUAAGAACACAAAAGAACGAAUUACAAAAUGUUCAAGGAGCUGGUCUUGUGGAUUCAUCACAUUGCCCAUGAUUUUUGCAUAAACCGUACCCUGGAACAUGUACCUCGCCAUGGUUGCCGCUUAGCAGUGAAAAAUGGCCGCAUCGCCAAUCUGAUUUUCUUUAUUUCCAUUGUGGCACCUUUGUACUUCUGCCUCCUGAAGGACGUCAUCCAGAUGAUACUGGGCCCCAAGAAGAAGAAGAAGAACGCCUAACCUCCAAACAUGUUCCUUUAAAAGGUUAUAGUUCGGUCAGUCGGUGUAUUUUGUCUCAUAAGACACCCAUAGAAACGAAUAAAGUUAGUGGCAUCGUCUCAAGAACAAAAGA